CUCACUCACUUAUUAUGCAAAGAUGCCAAGUCUAUUUUCCAAACAACUCCACCUCUGUUUUUUCAAGCUCAAAUACCCCACAGUUCUCUCCCAACCUCACUCACAACAAACCACUACUCCAUCACCAUCACCACUUUAUACCUUCCAUUUCAACACAACCUUCACCCACCACCACGAACCCGAACCCGAAGACCAUAUCUCCGAUGACACCACUGAACUUCCAUCCCCCGACUUCGCCUCCGUCUUCGCAUCCCAACGAUUCUUCUUCUCCUCCCCCGGCAGCUCCAACUCCAUCACAGAAUCAGAGUCUCCCCCCAACAACACUCCAUCCUACAACUCGUUGAUACCAAUGGAAGGUAGCGUGAAAAGGGUGGCAAAAUACUCUGUAAACCCUUACGUCGAUUUCCUCCGUUCUAUGCAUGAAAUGGUUCAAUCUCAACAACAAGUGUUCGAUGUUACUAACGAUUGGGAUUAUCUUCAUGAGCUUCUCUUAUGUUACCUUGCUCUUAAUCCUACACACACUCACAAAUAUAUUGUUCGAGCUUUCACUCAACUCCUUAUCGACCUUUUAUCUUCCUCCUCCUCUUCAUCAUUCUCCUCUUUGCCGCCACCUUCACCACCUUCUCGGAAUAACAACAAUAACAGACUCUGAAAUGCUAGUUUCUUAUGCAGUUACCGCGCUCACCUUUUUUUUAGUUUAGAAUAAUUUUAGUUAUUGGUGUUAAGAAUAAUCUGAAAGGAAUUCCUCUUUAGUUGGAGAGAGAAAGAAGGAGAAACAUUAACAAUUAUAGAAAAUAGAAUUGAAAGUACGUGAGUAUUUUUUGGUGAACUUAUGGAUGGAAGAAAGAGAAAUUUUCUCUUGAUAUUAUAGCCAACCAUUGUAGCAUGCAUAUUCAUUAUAAAUACUUCAUUUUAUUUCAUUUUCUAAUAUCAGAGAGUGAAAAGCCUUUUUUGAGAUACAUAUCCAAAAGAGAGUUUAUCCACCAUAUUUGUUGGUGAGAGUUGUAAUAAUCAUUGUGUUAUUAUUCAUUUUAAACAGG